AUGGCUGGUCCCGGUGGUGGCCCUCCUCGCAAGAGCCACACCAAGUCUCGGUUCGGCUGCAAGACAUGCAAGCGGCGGCACAUCCGUUGUGACGAAACUUUCCCACAAUGCCGGAACUGCACCAAGCACAACUGUCGCUGCGACUACAUGGAUGUUGCCACGGUUCACGACGACGCAUCCUCCAUGCGCAACGUACCCGACCUGCUCAUGUCCGCCGAAAUCGAAAUGGAGAUCAAGAACUGGCAGUUCACAGGCGUCGCUCCGUUUGCUGAGCUGCUGCAGUUCCCGCGUACCUGCUGGACUAAGCUCUCGCUGACUGAUCUGCGCCUGAUUCAUCACAUUGUUGGCCUUUCUAUCGAUCUCCAGCGCCGGGGUCUCGCUAGCUGCACUAUUUGGGCGCAGAAGAUGCCUACUUUUCUCGCUAUUGCCAUCGCUAAUAUUUUGUCAUA